UCCGGUGGACACUCAGUCGUACAGUACGCGCUGCUUGCUGCUCCGAGCAAAUAAAUAGAUCGCCAACCUUUUGCAUACUUCUUUCGAACUUUUUUCUAGUAGUGCUUUUACAAUGAAAACGUGUGCAGUGUGUAAUGUGAGAUUCAACGAUGGCGUUCAAUGUGGAAGCUGUAAAAAACACCUGGAUUUUGAAUGUGCAAAUAUAUCCGAAGCUGGAUGGAGAAAGCUGGGUGCUACAAGGAUGGCACAGUGGAAGUGCUUAGCCUGUAAAACUUCGUCUCCAGCCGUACCAACUUCUGAUCAAGCUUCCCUUGAAACCAUCCUCAGUGAGAUACGGGAUAUGAAACGCCAACUGAUUAAUUUGCCGACACUAAUCGAUGACAUCAAGGUUAUUAAGGAGGAGCUAUCCGAUCUGAAGUCGACAUGUGAGGGAACCAGUGGCAAACUUGAAGAAUUCGAUUUAAGAAUUGCUGAAGUCGAAAAUAAAGUCUCAGAGAUUGACAAGAUGCAAGAGACUAUUAAUGAUCUUCAAACAGAAUUAUCCAGAGCUAAGUUCGAAAUUGCAUCAUUUGACCAGCGCUCCCGGUUAAAUAAUAUCGAAAUUAAGGGUGUUCCUAUAAAGAAAGGUGAAAAUUUAUUCUCGAUUAUUGAUGCGAUUGGCCGGAAAGUGAACUAUAGUUGCCCCAAAACCCUGAUUAAUUACGUCUCGAGGGUGCCCAUUUUCAAUUCAAACGAAAAACUUAUUGUCGUGGGCUUCUUGAACAGAUACGUCAAGGAGGACUUUAUAGCGGCCGCAAGAGCAGUAAAGGACCUGUGCACAACCGACAUUGGAUUUCAAGGCACAUCUCGGCGCGUAUUUGUCAAUGAUCAUCUUAGUGUAGAAUAUAAGAAGCUACUGAGUAAAACCAAAACUAUUGCCAAAGAAAAAAACUACGAAUUUAUUUGGGUGAAACAUGGUAAAAUUCACGUACUCAAAAACACCAAUUCAAAGGUUUUAAUAGUAAGGAAAGAAUCUGAUUUAAACAAAAUUGCUUAAUAUGUUAUUUAUACUACAUUAUACAAUCAUCGCUACCACUUUGCUUUGUCAUAAUUCAUGUCACUAUACUAAGUUGUUACAAAUUGUUUAGCACCUCUGCUACACUAAUGAACCGGUUACCAUUCUCUUGUUCGUUAGUAAAAAUUCCACUAAGUUGCUUAUCGCGCUGUAUACUUCAAUGCGUCAAAACUAAAAAUAUGCUUAACUCUUUCUCACCUGUACGAUCCAUACGUUAUUGCUUGUUUGCUCACACAGUUGUUUACCACAAUAUUACCCUCACGCUAAUUAAACUAUUGGUCAUUUGCUUACAACAAACAUAUUUCUUUUUUUUUGUCUUCAACAUUGUAUCGAUUAUUCAUAUGCUUUUUAAACGACUUUUAUUGCUAUUUUGUAAUG